UUAACAUCAUGUAGCUUACUUUUUCAAGAUGGAGUCGACCAUGGCAGGUAGCGCCGAGCAUGAUGGCGCUGUCCGCGAGACUGCGUCGGACGCGUCGCUGUGCAAGCUUUCAGCGUGUCAACUGGGCUACUACGUGGACCCAUUCGUGCAAUUCUUCGUCAAGGCGCCGUCGCGUCGCAUGCCGAUCAUCAACCGUGGAUACUACGCGCGUGUGGCUGCAGUCGAGUCGCUUGUGCGGAAGUUCCUGGCUGCUGGACAGCACAAGAAGCAGGUGGUGAUCUUGGGCGCGGGGCUGGACACCAUGUUCUUCCGCUUGAAGAGCAGUGAAAUGCUCACUAACUUCGAGUACUUCGAGCUGGAUUUCCCAGAGGUUACAAUGCAGAAGGUGAGCACUAUUAAACGUCGCAAACCUCUUAACGGACUGCUGGGGCUGGAGUCGCCCAAGGACUUUAUGGCUGCAGUAUCCUCGGGCUACACAGAGCUGAAUGUACCCGGAUAUCACCUGCUGCCCUGUGAUUUGAGGGACCUGGGCGCUACAACAGCCAAGAUGGAGGCGGCCGGCAUCGAUCGCAGUGUCCCGACGCUCUUUGUGUCGGAGUGUGUGCUCAUCUACAUGGAAGCCAGGUUCUCCACGCAGCUGGUGGCCUGGGCUGCGUCAUAUUUUGAUGAUGUAAGCUUCGCGCUGUACGAGCAGAUAUUACCCGACGACGCGUUUGGGAAGGUCAUGAUGCAAAACAUCAAGGCUCGCGGUUGUGAUCUUCUAAGUAUCUACGACUUCCCGACGGUUGAAGCGCAGAUCGCGCGGUUUACAGAGCAUAAGUACGAGGUGGCACAGUGCUGGGACAUGAACAAGAUCUACUACCACUACCUGAAUCCUGCUGAACGCGUCAAACGCGAGAAGCUCGAGAUCUUCGAUGAACUAGAAGAGUUUCAUUUGUUGCAGGCACACUACUGUGUUGUUGUUGCUAGCAAGAAGUCCUCGACUCCAAGUGCGCGUGCGUUGUCGCUGGGUGAAGCAAAAGUAUAAAGAUUACAGCCCCCAUGCACUAACUGAAGCCUAAUGUUGGAAAGGAGAGCAUAAGCAGCUAAACAAUCGCAAAAGGGUGAAAGCGGAUAGAAUUGCUGUGCUGCUGCUGGUUGGCUACUUAUCUACCUACCUACCUUCUCCUAUCUGCAAACGCCUCAACGAGUACACACGCGCAUGCAAGUUAUCGGGCCUCUAUGGCCUCUUCACACCAGCUCCUCCAUUCGCCUUCACCCUGUUACGUCUUGUCCUCCGUCUCUUCCAGUCGUUCCGUCUCGCUUUCCUUUUCCCCCUGUUACCAUCUGAGUAUAACCACAGCACUGAAGAGAUCAUUUCCUUGCCAUUCAACGCGUUUGUCACUUCAGUACUGGGGCGAGGUCGUCUGGACU